CAUCGAACUUCUCAAUUUGGAACUUCCCAUCUUCUGCCAUAUCACACGACCAAACGAGAUAUCCGGUACAACUAAUUUCAGAUCUUGGUAAUUUCGUCAGGAAAACAGGCCCAACUCUCCAAAUAAAUCAGUCCAAAUUAAAAUACGCCAAACCCAAGCCACCAAAAAUAACCAAAGAAGACCAGCCAACAAAAUUAAUUCAAAGGACAAAUGGGCCGACCAAACUUUCUGCCAAACCCCACCUUUUUUUUCUUCCUUCGGUCGGAUCACCUUUUGCUGCCAAUCAACCCCUUUUUCUUCAAUUCUGCUGCAAGCCUGCAAACGGCCCAACUCCACUGCGCUAGGGCGACACACUUCAGCAACGGAACUAGAAGGCGGCGAGGCUCUGGAUCUGCACGGCGGCAACCAGGACGGCGGCGGCGACCAGGACGGUGGCGGCGAUUUGGAGAGCGAAACGGCGCGGCGGUUCAGCUCCUCCACGCGGCGGCAGCUCCUCAACGCGGCCUGACUGCUCACGGACGGCGGAUUGACGAUGGGUUUGGUUCUUCACUGGACGACGACGACGGCGCUACGAAGGGACGCUGCGGCGGCUCGCAGACGAUGGCGAACACCUGCACAGCUCUCCCCCUUCUCGAACAGGCGGCGUAGAUCUGGGCGGCGCGGCCUGCUGCUCGCGAAGCCCUACCCAGCGACUGCAACGGUCGGCGGGAGACCAAGGCUGCGCAACGACGGCAACGAGGCAACCCCAAGGCUGCGGCUCUCUCCCCUGCUGCGCGACUCACUCCGGCGCGGCCCUCACAGCGGCGACUGUUCACAGAUCCCAAAACCUAGGUGACAACUCACAAUUUGUGCUUUCGUGUUGUACAACGAGGCUCCGAUACCAAUUGUUGGGAAUUAACGCACACGGAAACAACACACAAUCACAAAUCAACUGCAUAAAAAUAAACGACACAGGAUUUAACAUGGUUCGGCCGCCAACUGCAACCUACGUCCACACAGGGCAACUAGGAGGAUUUUAUUAUUUGUUGUUGCACCACCAUUACAAGCACAUUAGCAUCUCUUAAAUAGAGAUUAGUUAGGGAGACAAUGAUUAAGCCGUAAGCUUCUAGGUAGCUUCCUGCCAAUUUCCUGUUAGCUUCCACCUAGCUUCCUGGCUUCACACUCAACCGCUUUAGUUUUUAAAGUAAUGCAAUCGCGUACUUUUCAAAAUUA